AUCAAUAUUUGUUAUACCAUAAAACAAGCGUUGUAGCAUCAUAUUAACACCUUCACUGUGUUUUUGUGCCGAUCGAUGAUGAUGUAUUCUAUUCACCCACUCAUGUAUACUUUACAUGUUCUACAGUUUUUAGUCCUACGGACAACUGUUUUUAAAUUUUGACACACUUCAUUUUCAAUAAAAUGCGAAUCGCUUGUGUUCAAUUCUGUCCAGAGUUUGGGAAAGUUCAUAAGAAUGUUGAGAGGCUCAAUAAAUUACUUAGUAAUUAUUCAACAGCUCUUGGUAAGACGGAUCUCAUUGUGUUUCCUGAAAUGGCACUUACAGGUUAUAACUUUCGAUCAAAAGCCGAAAUCUUGCCCUUUGCGGAAAGUAGAGAUAGGUUUGAUGGUGCAUCUUUGAAGUUCGCAAAAACGAUUUCUCGGCUGUUCUCGUGCCAUACAAUAAUCGGAUUCCCAGAGAUUAUUAAGAAUUGCGAUAAAAAUGCACAAUUGUACAAUAGCACAGCGCUAUUAGGUCCAGAUGGUGAUCUUCUUCAUGUUUACCACAAGCAUUUUUUGUAUGAAACGGACAAAAGCUGGGCAAUACCGGGCGAUGCAUUUCACAUGUAUAAUGUUGAUGGUUUAGGUCCUAUUUCGAUGGCCAUUUGCAUGGACAUCAAUCCGUUCGAUUUCAAAGCUUCGUUUGACGAGUUUGAAUACGCGAAUUUCGUUAAGAGUCGACUCUCUACUUUGUCGCAACGGCCAGUUUUAUGCCUUAGCAUGUCGUGGUUAGCUUCUGAAAAUGACAAGAAUUUGCUUCAACAAAAUGGACCCGAUAUUACAAACAUCAAUUACUGGGCUACACGAUUAAGUCCUCUUAUCGAGAAGGAUGUAGUUAUAGCGAUUGCAAAUAGAACCGGUGAGGAAAGGGGUAUCACCUUCGCUGGAACAAGUUGCAUUAUGACCUUUGCAAAAGGAAAGGUGAACGUACAUGGACUAUUAGGAAUGAAAGAAGACGGAGUAACGUUUGCUGACAUAAAAGAGUGAAAAUAAAAAACACGGUAAAUCCAAGCUUAUCAUAUAAAUACAUAAUUAUCCGGAAAAGGGAUAUUCACAAAAAUAAAGAACAAACAGAAAAAUUAACACAAAACGAAGAGAAUCAGGAUCAAAUACUUUGAUUCGGUGACUGAUCCAUUCCAAACAAGAAUGCCAGCUCUUUCGUAUUAAGGCGAGAUAUGUUGCGGAGACCCUCUUCUCCCAUGGCGCCAUUGAUCAGUUCUCUUUUUUUAUUUUGCAAAGCAACCACACGUUCUUCAAUUGUCUCACCAACUAUGACUCGGUGAACGGUGAUAUCUUUUGUUUGACCAAUUCUGUGAGCACGAUCAAUGGCUUGAUCUUCGACGAAUGGAUUCCAAAAAGGGUCUAAAACGAUAACAUGGUUCGCACAGGUCAGAUUGAGUCCAACAUUUCCUGCUUUUAAUGAAAUUAAGAGGACGAUGGCAUCUGGAUCAGUUUCAAAAGCAGUCAACGCAUCGUUUCUUUGAGCGGCAUUCAUACCGCCGUUAUAAGCGAUAAACUUCAGGCCUUUUUGAGUUAAUGGAACCAUAAACAGUUCUAAAAAGGGAACAAAUUGUGAGAAUAGCAAAACCUUGUCACUAGGAUGCUUCUUGUGAAUGUCGUUUAUGAUUUCCAGAGCCUUUUCAAUUUUUGUGGAAGUUACCCAUUGUGUUGGAUUUGUAAAUAUCGACAUUCCAAUUUCCCUAUUCUCAAGAAUGUUUGUGAAACUUGAUGGCAAAAUUGAACUGACGUUUUUUAAGUCAAAUGUAUUGUUGCUGGUCAUUAAAGACGAACAACCUGCAAAAGAUCGAAACAGCUCAACACUUAAUACAUUAUCAGUGUUAAUGUAUUCAAGACAAAUAGAGCAUUUUGGGAACAUUGAUAGAAGAUCACCAUUUUCCCCAGCAUUCAUUUUAUCAGCAUGUUUGGCCAAGCACUCUCGGCAUAUCAAGUGACCACAAGGAAUUAGAAUUUGAAUAUCCAUCACGGAAUCUAAGCAUUCUGGACAUUGGUACGAUUCUAGUUGUUUGAUUCCCUCAACAACACUUUUUGGGAGCUGUUUGAAAAGAGCAAGUUUUUCACGCCGAAACCCAUCGUUAUCAUCUGCUGUAGCUUCACGAGCCACAACUAACCAAGGGUGACAGCACGCCUGUCUCAAACGAAGAAGAAGAACUAGAAUGCUACCAUAAUGUGAUACUACGGUGCCUUCCUUCAUAAACUUUCUCAUUUGAAUUUGCGCACCUGUUUGCAGAGCAGAAUAAAAUUCUUUUUCCGGAGGAGACAAGGCAGCUUCCUGGACAUUAAGAGUUUUUUUAGGCAAAGUAAGUAUAGGUUUACCGUCUAUUUUUGUAUUCUUUGUCCUCCGAAGUAACACAGCCUUAAUAAGAGCUCUUAAACGAUUCAUAGCGCGUGUAUCAGAUGAACCUACCUCAUGUUUUAAGGGGACAGAAAUGUCCCGACAAAAGAUUUCCCAAUCGCAGUACGGUUUUAUCCGCAGGAAUUUUAGCAGACUGUGAAAUUCAUCAAUUGAAUUUUGCAUGGGUGUGCCACUGAGGCACCAGCGAUACUUUGAUUCUAUGAGGCAGCAGCCCUUGGCAGUCAAUGUGUUGCGAUUCUUGAUCAUCUGUGCCUCAUCGAGAAUAACACGGUACCAAUCGCCAUAUAGAAUGGGAAGUUGUGCCUCAUGAAUCAUAGUACUACCUUCCUCAUUUGCUUCAAGUAUUGCUUGGUGCGUUUUGUACUCAUAUGCAAUUGUAUUAUAUGUUGUGAGAACGACAUCGUAAUU